GACGUCAUAGUGUAAACACCCGUAUGUGAUCGCAGCUUUCUGUCUGGAUCAUGGACGUAUUAAGAGAACGGUCCGGACCGGUGCACAGCACACAGUGGAAACAUGUCGGGAAGGAGAGAGCCCAGCGGAGGAACUUCGUUUAUUAAAUGUACACUUCAGACAUAAAGUGACCGUUAAUCAGUCCGUGCGCACGGUGGCGUUUUAGCCGAGUUAGCAACUGCUGGGGCCACGUUACUAUUUCACGGGAGCGGACCAGUCGGGAGCGAAUGGACGGAUAAAGACAGACAGCCGGGGAUUGAUCAGAAGAAAGUAGGAAGGCGGCAGAGGGGUCGGGUAGAGAAAGGGGAGACAGCGUGUGCGUGCUCACAAGACGGGGUAGCUGCUUGCUAGGGGAUGUUAUCCGUACUGUCUUAUGGAAGACUGGUAGCCAGGGCUGUCCUUGGCGGACUCUCUCAGACGGACGGUCGGGACUACAGCCUGAUCACCGCCAGUUAUGGCUUCGGUAAAGACUUUCGCAAAGGGAUCCUGAAGAAAGGGAUGUGCUACGGAGAUGAUGCCUGCUUCAUUGCGCGGAACAGGAACGCCGAUGUUUUGGGUGUUGCAGAUGGCGUUGGUGGUUGGCGUGACUAUGGUGUCGACCCGUCUCAGUUCUCCGCCACAUUAAUGAGAACCUGUGAGCGACUGGUGAAGGAGGGACGCUUUACUCCCAGUAGUCCAGUGGGUAUCCUGACAUCUGGCUACUAUGAGCUUCUACAGAAUAAAGUUCCCCUGCUAGGGAGCAGCACAGCCUGUAUUGUGGUUCUGGAUCGACGGAGUCACCGGCUGCACACGUGUAACCUCGGUGACUCAGGUUUCCUGGUGGUUCGGGGAGGAGAGGUGGUUCAUCGCUCAGAUGAGCAACAGCACUAUUUUAACACGCCCUUCCAACUGUCAAUCGCUCCUCCUGGAGCUGAAGGGGUGGUGCUCAGUGACAGUCCUGAAGCAGCUGACAGCUCCUCCUUUGACGUGCAGCUCGGUGACAUCAUCUUGACGGCAACCGACGGCCUGUUUGACAACAUGCCAGACUACAUGAUUCUUCAGGAGCUCAAAAAACUCAAGACUACCAACUAUGACAGCAUCCUGCAGACUGCACAGAGUAUUGCAAGGCAAGCUCACGACCUUGCCUACGACCCCAAUUAUAUGUCCCCUUUUGCACAGUUUGCGUGUGACAAUGGUCUGAAUGUAAGGGGAGGGAAGCCAGAUGAUAUCACAGUGCUGCUGUCCAUUGUGGCUGAAUAUGCAGACUAAAAGUGUGUGUGCGCGUGCGCUUCUCUGGGGCUGAUCCUCCCUUCCCCAUCUGCCUGAGUCUUCCACCUGCAGCCUUCCCAAAAAUGCAUUGCAUCCUGUGGGCUAACACUGGAGGCCCACCAACACGACACACACUCCUCGCUGCGAAACAGACUUCCACCCAUGUACAUUUUUUGUUUUCUUCCUCUGUUUUUGUUUUGGUGCUUGAACGGUUGAGGGGAAGCAGGCAGCUAGGACAUUGUCAUGUUGAGCAUGAUGCAGAAGGAGUUGAGUACGACAGACUGAGGGAUGCCUUUCGGUGUCUCAUUGUGUGGCAUCACUUUAUAAGUGUGUGUGUGUAUAUGUGUGUGUGUGUGUAUAGGUGAUGUGACUGAGAGACAGUUCAGAGCCUUCAGUCAAACAGUUUGGAUUGACUUAGGGCUUUAAAACCUGGUAGCUCUUGUGUAUAAAACGUGAUAUCAUAAGAGGAGUAUGCCAUGGUUUUGGAUUCUUGGGAGAGUAGUUAUAGAGUUGACUAUUGAACCCAGCUAGCUGUCUGUUGUUCCAGUUUUUAGUCUGUUCCUUGUUGUAAAUGUGUUUGAACAAUGCAUAUAGAUUGACUGAAGAAGCUGAUGUUGGGAAUGGAUGGGUGUUAUUAGAGAAUGGGAUUUAAGAAUUGGGUUUGGGACUGUAAACGAUCGAAGAGCUGACUAGUAAUUGUGCAGAUCAAUGAACCUGUAAAGGGAAACCAUAACACUUGUUAGAGCUUACAUGUGAAGGUGAAUCCGUUUUUGUCACUUGGCUAGAGGAUCUGUUGGUGCACACAUCCCAAUAAGUUGUAAAUACUUUUGUGUUUGUAGGGCUUCAUUUUGGCUUUUCUGUUGUCUCUUCAUUGGUUGUUGGAGCAAAGAGCAAUUUCGUUACUAUUGUGGAUGGUGUACACAUGCAGUCAUAAAUAUAUUUUCUUGUAUAGAUGUUAAUCUUGAAGUGAGCUUUAUCAAUCCCACACUUCCACUCGCGGAAAUGAACAAGAAGAUCUUUGCUGAGAUUGAUCGCUGCAACAGUUGUGUGGUAGAGAGGAUGUUAAAAAUGUGCGAGUGUAGUAUACAUGAGAAUUGGUUAUUGGAAUGCGUGGUGUUUUUAAUGUUAAUUAUUUGUUAUCUCACACAUCUAAAGCUAGCAUCUGGGAAUGCUUACAAUUGCAAUGAUAGGUCAGGCAUGAGUUUAAAGGAAAAUAUGUAUUUUUUUAACGUUAUUUAGUUUUAAAAGUAAGAAUUUGGAGUGGCUGCUGACAUGAAAUAUUUGUGAUUGAUUACUUAACAAUCUUAAGUGUGUGUGUGUGUGUGUGUGUGUGUGUGUGUGUGUGUGUGUGUGUGUGUGUGUGUGUGUGUGUGUGUGUGUGUGUGUGUGUGUGUGUGUGUGUGUGUGUGUGUGUGUGUGUGUGUGUGUGUGUGUGUGUAUUUUGAUUUCUCAGUUCCUUAUUUCCCUUUACAUUUGUUUGCUGCUUCUCAGAUGUCUGUAUAUGACUUGACAUGAUUUAUAUGAACAUAGUCUCCAUGAUUGUAAUGUGUGUGUUGCAUCAAAUUACAUUAAUCAAAGACAUUGAUAAUACUGUUCUACUCAUUGAUAGUCUGUCCUUUUGUCUAACAGCUCAUCCAAGUGGUUUGGACAAUGUCUUUACAGUUUAAAGCAGGUGCACCAAAGACUGUCUGUGUAUGUCAUACACAACACGUUGUUAGAAACAUCAUACAGCAAUACUGUAAAUCGCUUGUGCUCUGAAUCUUGUGUGAUGGCCAGGUGUUUUGGUGGAAAUGUUCAGAGGGACAUUAAAAUGUCUUUUCUAUGCCUAAAGUUGUUCUAUCAAAGCAAAAGCUGUAUUAUAUUCUUGGUUUAAGUUAUAUGUGACUGGUUGCAACACAGUAUACGACCGAUUUUAUGAAACCAAAGAAGGAAAGCCAUAUAAAAACACAUGAUUAGGGCACUUCUCUGUAAGCCCUGCUGUUACGAUAGCAUGGUGUUUCUUCCUCAUACACCUAAUGGACACCAUUAUUUGAAUAUUAUUUGUCCUACUGUCUGCACUGUUUUUCAGCAUGAUUUCUGUCUCGGCUAUUAGCAGAAUUUUAUAAAGUCAGUAUCACCCAGUUGUCAUCUGUUCUUGUUUGGUGGUAUAUAAAGGUUCUGAACUUGUCUUCAAAGAUAGCCCUAUGUGUGACAGUCACAUGUUACGUUACCCAUAUGCAGAAGGAGGGGUGGUGAGAUAGGUAAUGAUGCUGUGAACUUGCAGUAUGAGGGUGAGCACAAUUUCAGCCUUAACAAAUAGCCAGACCUGUAACAAAGAGGCCUUUCCUGUCAUUGCAAGCUUGUCUCGUCUCGGUCAUGUUGCCCAGUGUUUGAUGUAAAUGACAGUCUGCCCCCAUCUUUCUCUCCUGUGAAAUUGUUCUCAAAGGUGCUUCUGCAGUCUGUAUGGUAUGAUUGUCCUCUUUUCAGCAAGCAAUGUUUGUGUGUAUGAAAGAUACAACUAUGUCUACAGUGUAACAAUGCAGGUAUACUUUUAUGUAAAUAUGUUUUAAAAUAUGUACAAUAUUUAAAUAAAGAAUCCAGUAUUUAUACUAAA